AUGGUUGAGCCCAUCCACCCGACCGCGAACCAGUACGGGACAGACGUCGAGCGCGUGCCGACGACAUUUCGCGACUUCCUUGCCGCCUUGCGCGUUGAAGAGGGCCCCCAUCCUUACCUGACCACCCAAUACUCGGAGGACGAUCCCGACGCGGAGACCGUGUUUCCUCCACCAACGAAUGCGCUCAAGGAUGAGUUUCCUAUCGUACCCCGCAUCAUGGGAAAUCUCUUCUUGCAGCAGGUCAACCUAUGGCUCGGAAGAUCCAAGGACGGCUCGUCAUCAGGACUGCACCACGACUUCCACGACAACAUCUACUGCCUGCUUAAAGGCCGAAAACGCUUCGUGCUCUUCCCGCCGUCGGAAGUGAAGCACCUCUACCCGUACGGAACGCUCGUCGCCCGCCAUCCCAACGGCCUCAUCUCGUACGAGGACAUCCCCGUCCGCGCGGAUGGGCUCUCCAAACGCGCAGCGUGCAAGGCGCGGGUGCGCGCGCUCGAGCUAAAAAUUGAUGCGCUCAAGAGGAGGAGCAAGGGCAAGGGGAAAGCCAAGAACCACUCGAAGGAGAUGAAGGCACUCAUGGACGCGCACGACGAAGCCCUGGACGAGCUCGCCGAGGCAGCACUCGAUGAGCACGAGGGCGAUGACGAGGUGGACGACUUCGACGCGCUCAUGAGUGGGCUGGAUGACCUCGACGACCUCGACGACGGGCCUUCCAGGAGCGGAAAGGGCGCCGACGAAGGGGAUGAGGAUGAGGAUGAGGAGGAGGAGUGGAAGGGCAUUGGUCAUUCCGACAACGAGGAACACACCGACGAUGACGACGAGGAAAAAGAAGACAGCGACGAGGAGGAAGAGGAGGGGCUGGGAGGAGGAAAGGCAGGUCCCACCGAACCAUCGUCAUUCUCGCGCAUUGCAACGGCGCAUCUGCAUCAACACCUCGGCAUUCCGACAACAGCCGUGCUCCCCGAGACGUACUCGCCCGCUGACUUUCCCGGGCUCAAGAAAACAACCGAGCCUUACGUCGUCGAGCUUUCCGAGGGGGAGAUGCUUUAUCUGCCGGCGUCGUGGUGGCACGAGGUGACGUCGACAUCGACCGGCGAUGUCCACAUGGCGUUCAACUACUGGUUCUACCCGCCGGAUGCCCUUGACAACUUUGGCGCGCCAUACAGCGACACUCUGGUCUGGGACUACCUUCGGGGGAAAGGCGCGGUCGAGGGAGGGUCACGGGAGCCGGAGGAGCUGACCACCGGAGGCAAAAGGGCUCGAGAGAGCGUUGGCGGUGGACCGUCGAAGAAGUCCAGACGCUAAAUUGGCACCCGCUGCGACACUCGAGGGCAACCAUCUAGGCGUUAAGCGUCGUUCUAUCCCGCUCUUGCCACUGCGACUGUAGCUUGAAAGACAGGUGCGGCAACUAUCUUG